AUGAGGGUCUUUAUAGCUUUUGAAGGUCUUUGUGAAUCUUUUGAUAUUCUGCCUGGACAAACCGUAAAGGAUGCCAAACAGAUGAUCAAGAACUUUUUUCACAUCCAGCUGUCAGAUGACAAACAAGGGAGACGAUAUCUGGAGCUGACAUACGCAGGAGGAGUGCUGAGAGAUGAGUGGGUUCUCGCAGACGCUGGUGUCACUCUUUGUUCUACUAUUAAGUGUGCUGUUAAGGAUGAAGAAAAGCCAGCAUUGUAUAUAUAUAAUGCAGUGACACAAGAAAAGGUCCCGAUAAUGGGAAAUGUUCAUCUUCUCACUGAAACAGUUGCAAAGCUGAAAUCCCUAGUAUCUCUGAAAUGUGGAUUCCCAGUCAGCGUUUUCUGCUUGAGGACAAUAGAUGGCAAAGAAAUGUAUGACUGUAACAUCCUCAGCGAUUACAAGCUGGAACUAGGUGCAACACUGAGACUGGAUGUAUGGGAUGGCUGGAAAGAACUUUUGUCAGACUGUGUCCUAGGCCACAGUCAAAAUGUUCAGUGGCACUUAUCAAAGAAUGAAGCCAUACUAAGAUAUCAGCAGAGAGUAGCCCUUUACAUAGCUGCACAUUUUGGCCAUCUGAAAAUGGCAGAAUGGCUUCAGAAGAAGGGUGUAAGAGCAGAUGAAGCCAUUGGUGUCCAUCCAUACAAAGAAUGGUGCUGUGAGACUUAUCACCCAGAUAUAGGCAAAGGUGCCAUUCAUGCAGCUGCUGAAGCAGGCCAGAUGCUUUUGAUUAAAGCUUUUGUUGCACGUAAUGUUUUGUGUUUGGAAUGUCAAACUCCAUUUGGUCAGACACCUCUCAGGAUAAGUAUCCACAAGGGCCACAAAGACUGUGUAUUAUAUUUAAUCAUGAAGAUGUGGUCAGUUGUCUCUUUCCCAAAAAUAUCUCUCCCUAUGAAUAUUUACAUCAAAGUCAAAAAGUGGCUUUUCGUGGCUCAGAAAAAAAUAUGUAAACUGAAGAGGUGGGCUCCACAAUUUAAAACACGUGUUGGAGACCCCUUUGUUGUGGAUGGUUUCACAGAACCCAAGAUGACUAGUAAAGAUCUGCAUAAUCUUCAUCAGCACAAAUGGAAAAAGAUUAUCAGGAGUUAUACAAAUUCUCAGAGUCAAAGCAGUCAAGACUUUGCUAAUGCUGUCUUAAAACUCCAGCCUAAGACCGAGAAGGAGAAGAUACCAACACCAUCCAGGUUUCCUCCUGUUAUGAAAACAUCAGAUAAUCUUGAUAGACUUGAAGCCGAGUCCUACUCUAUGGAUAUUAUUCAUAAUAACCUAUGGAAUGCCCAAAUUCCUCUUCCACCCAUCACCAGCAUUAACAGUAACCUCCCACACAAUUUAACAAUGCCACAAGCUACCCUUCUUCUGAAUUCUUCCCUAGAGUCUUUCUCAAAGCAUCUCGGUCGGACACCAAGGCAAAAUGCAAUAUAUUACUUAAGUCUUGCCAGUGAGUUUAAAGAAAAACCCUGGCUUCAGCAGCUGGACAUGGCUCGGACGUUGGCCAAGAAGACGGUCUACCAACUAUAA